AUGCGGGGUGCGCUGUGCCGCAGCCUGCCUGUGGUGCUGGGGUUGCUGCUGUGCCACCCCACCACCGCCAGCGGUCCGUGCUGGGAGAACAGCAAGUGCCAGGACCUGGCCACUGAGGCUGGUGUUUUGGCGUGUGCCAAGGCGUGCCGAGCUGAGCUGUCGGCCGAGGCACCCGUGUACCCCGGCAACGGGCACCUGCAGCCCCUCUCCGAGAGCAUCCGCAAGUACGUGAUGAGCCAUUUCCGCUGGAACAAGUUCGGCCGUCGCAACAGCAGCAGCGGAGGGCAUAAAAGGGAGGAGGUGGCCGGCCUCGCCCUGCCCAUCACAUCACCCCACCGCCCCCCCGGGGAGGAGGAAGACGGAGAAGGGUUGGAGCGAGAGGAAGGGAAGCGCUCCUACUCCAUGGAGCAUUUCCGCUGGGGCAAGCCGGUGGGACGGAAGAGGAGACCCAUCAAGGUGUACCCCAACAGCGUGGACGAGGAGUCGGCCGAGAGCUACCCCGUGGAGUUCCGGAGGGAGAUGGCGGCCGACGAGGAUCCCCUCGGCCUCUCGGAAGAGGAAGAGCAGGAGGAGGAAGGCGAGGAGGAAAAGAAGGACGGCGGCUCGUACCGCAUGCGGCACUUCCGCUGGCACGCGCCGCUGAAGGACAAGCGCUACGGCGGCUUCAUGACCCUGGAGCACAGCCAGACGCCGCUGAUGACUCUGUUCAAAAACGCCAUCGUCAAAAGCGCCUACAAGAAGGCCCAGUGA